CACCGAAGUUUUUCCUUCCCCCAUAAACCCCGGAACAUACGCAGCCCAAUUCUGCUCUCUCUCUCUCUCUCUACACGCGAACCCGACUCAGAUCCGCAGCUCAAACUCGAUGGCGGCAGUACUCCGCCUAUUAAAACCCUCACCUCUCUCCUCCUCCGCCGCCGCCUCCACCACCUUCGUCAGGAGGUGCCUCCUAUCCACCACGACUGCGGCAUCCGAGGCCGACGCUUGCGCGAAAUCCCCCUUGUACCCCCGCGGCUCCCCCCCUCCGCGCGGCGCCGGUACCGAGGGCAGGAGCGUACAGUGGGUGUUCCUGGGAUGUCCCGGCGUCGGAAAGGGCACUUACGCCAGCCGCCUCUCUACUCUCCUCGGCGUCCCUCACAUCGCCACCGGCGAUCUGGUCCGCGAAGAGCUUUCUUCUAGUGGUCCCCUUUCCAGUCAGCUUACAGAGAUUGUAAACCAAGGGAAACUGGUUUCAGAUGAGAUUAUAAUUCGAUUAUUAUUUAAGAGACUUGAGGCUGGAGAAGCUAAAGGUGAGACAGGUUUCAUUCUGGAUGGUUUUCCACGAACAAUAAGACAAGCGGAAAUCUUGGAUGAUGUGACAGAUAUUGACUUGGUGGUUAAUCUGAAGCUCCCAGAAAGUGUACUCCUUGAGAAAUGCCUUGGGCGAAGAAUUUGCAGCGAAUGCGGGAAAAAUUUUAAUGUAGCAGACAUUAAUGUCCAGGGUGAGAAUGGGAGACCUGGAAUCAGCAUGGCUCCACUUCCCCCUCCUCCACAAUGUGCUUCAAAGCUCUUCACUCGGUCUGACGAUACUGAAGAUGUAGUAAAGGAAAGACUCCGUGUAUACAAUGAAAAGAGUCAACCUUUGGAGGAGUUCUACCGCAUUCAAGGGAAACUGCUAGAGUUUGAUCUGCCUGGAGGGAUCCCAGAAUCAUGGCCAAAGUUGCUUGAAGCUCUUAAUCUUGAUGACCACGAAGAGAAGCGCUCCGCUGCAGCAUAAACUUUUGGUUAUUGCUUUUUAAGUCCUCAUUCUUUGCAUGUGUAAUACACAUGCCAAGCAAUUUUGCAGUAAGGAAGACACGUACUUUUAUUUUCCUAUUUUGACGUAUUGAGGAGACAUAAUAACAACUUGAUAAUUACCCAGCCAGCCAUGUGAUCAUGGCAGCUGCCUAGCUGGGCUUUUGGAUUUUUAUUUCACAGAAAGUUAUGUUUGUACCGUAAAAUGUAUUGUGUAUGUGAGAGUGAAUGUAUUAAGAAUCCUAAUAAUUCUGUUAUGAUGGAUUUUCUGUACUUACAAAGAAAUUAUUGUUGGGGACAUGAAUGUUUAACUCUAUUUCUUCGCACAA